UGAAACGGAUACCCUACAAGAAACUAACAUGCAAUAUGCUUUAGCCUUUGUAUUUUUGAAAACAUUCACAAUGCAGUUUAGAAUGACAUGUUGACGUCACCUGGUAUUACAGCAACUGAGGUGGAAGGACAUAAAGAAGGAUGGGUUUUGAGCCUUUCAUCUGUCGACGAGUUUGUUGUAAAGAUAUUUUCCAGCGUGAACACAAUAAUGCAGCCACCACACGCAUCUUGAAUAAUUGAUGGGCUGGCCUAGAUGAAACGUCACACUACAAUAAUCACGGAGUGGAGACCCCCAACCCACGGCGUGUUGUCCCCCGAUACACGACAGUGUUGACAGUAUGCCGGAGCGGACGUCUACUCUCCCCCUCCGCGACAGCGCCGACCCUGAGGACAUGGACAGUCCGGGGGUGAGGCGAGCUUUGUGGCCACAGGAUUCAGGGUGGAGGAAAGCAAUGUGGACAAGCAGGCUGGACUAUAUUUUGACCCUCGUGGGGUACACGGUUGGGUUAGGGAAUUUGUGGAGGUUCCCGUUUGUGUGUCAAAGAAAUGGAGGAGCUGCCUUCCUCAUCCCCUACCUACUGUUCAUGAUGACAGUGGCCAUGCCUCUAUUCUUCCUCGAAGUAAUCAUAGCUCAGUUGUCUCGUCGCGGGCCCAUAGGAGCAUGGGGGCUGUGUCCCCUUAUGAAAGGAAUAGGGAUAUCCCAGGUCAUUGUUUGUGGCAUGAUCGUCCCGUACUACAGCAUGGUGUUUGCCUGGGUCCUCUACUACCUGUACAGCUCCUUCUCAACCGUCCUGCCCUGGACCACGUGUGACAACUCAUGGAACACGCUGCAGUGUGUCGUUCACAAAGACGCUGGGACCAAUGUCACCGCCCUGUUGGACACCAAUCUCACCUAUACUGAGACGGUCAAUGACACAUUCCGGUCCUCAGCUGAAGAAUUCUGGAAACGGGACGUGCUUCGUCUAUCAUCCGGGCUAGAUCAUAUAGGACCUCUGCAGCCCCACCUAGGAGGCGCCUGGUUGGCCUCGUGUCUGAUAAUGUUCUUGUGUGUCAUAAAAGGAAUACGAUCUGUUGGAAAGGUGGUGUAUUUAACAGCGCUGUUGCCGUAUUUCCUGUUGCCGGUAUUGCUGGUGAGGUCAUGCAUGAUGCCAGGUGCUCUAGAUGGGAUUUUAUACUUCAUCAGUCCGGACUUUUCUCAGUUAGCGAAUUCACAGGUUUGGCUCGAGGCUCUGGUCCAAGUCUUCUUCUCGGUGGGUCCUGCAUGGGGCGCCAUCAUCACUAUGGCCAGCCAUAACCCGCCUCAUAACAACGCAGCAUGGGAUGCAUUCAUAGUAACCCUGGUGGGGGUGGUGACCAGCCUGCUUGCAGGAGUUGUGAUGUUUGCUGCUCUCGGCUUCCUGGCAGCUGAAGUUGAAACACCCAUAUCGCAAGUGAUUUCCUCAGGUCCAGGGAUAGGAUUCGUCGUGUACCCAGAAGCCCUGUCCUUACUUCCGGUUCCACAGUUAUGGUCGGUCCUGUUCUUCCUUAUGCUCCUCGUGCUGGGAAUCGAUUCCAUGUUUGUUACUAUGGAGACAGUUGUUGUGACACUGGAGGAACUGUUUUCCCGAUUUCUACCCGACACCAAGUGUCUCCAUGGUCUCCUGGCGGGGGUGUAUGUCAUCCUUGUCUUCGCUCUGGGUCUACCACUCACCACCAGCGGAGGGAUGUACAUAUACCAGCUGCUGGACUCACACGUGGCCGCGGUGUCCCUUCUCCUUAUCGCCUUCCUCGAGUGUGUCGUCAUCGCCUGGUUCUAUGGAAUCCGUCGGUUUUCGGUCGAUGUGGAGUAUAUGCUUGGCAGACAACCACCCGUCAUAUACAAGAUACUGUGCUGUUUUGUCACACCCACGCUCCUACUGAUUGCCCUUGUUGUAACGCUGAUCACCUUUAAAUCACCAUCAUACGGGCACUAUAUAUAUCCUCCAUUCUCUGUCAUGAUUGGCUGGUUCAUCGCUGUUGUUUCAAUAGUGCCCAUCCCUGUUACUAUGGUAAUACAAGUUGCAAAACGAAAAGGCUCGUUGCGUCAGAGAAUGAAACUGUCAUUGGCUCCUGAUUCGGGAUGGGAAAUGUCCACACGGCGUAUAAGAGCUGAAGAGUAUGACCUUUGGCUCGGAGAAAAAAUAUCUGUUCUGGAAAAUGCACGUUUUAUAUUCAUAAGGGAGAAACCGGUGUGAUGAUGUUUUUUUUAAUAAUGUACAUAACCUUCUUAAGCAAUGCUAUCAAGUCGAAACAAUGCGACCAUUAGGUACCUAAGAAAACAUACAAAUUUAUGGAUAACAAUUUCUGCCUCAUAACAUUUAGCAACGUUUUGAUGUACAGUCUUACGGCCCAGUCGGUUGUGACCUUCAUCUCACUUUUAGAUACGGAAACACAAGCCUAAAAAACGUAGAGUGUUGAGAAAGAUUUCAACCUUCAGCUACCUGUCCUGAUGUUCUACCUACAAAUAUAUACAGUGAUGUCGACGUUAGAAGGAUACAAAACCAUGGUGCCCAGGGAGUUUGCUUCUUUGGCGAGAUUUCUUGCUACUAUUCAGUUUGAUCAUUCUGGGUCAGUGAAUAUUGUUGAAGAACAGCAACCCCUACCAAGUUGCCCGACUCCCCAUUGAUCUCGGUGUCUUAGGUUUUGUACCUCCCAAUCUGUUGACUGACAUUGGGAGAGUAACCGGGUUUGCUGCCAGGGAUACAGCCCUUCUGGCAAUCUGGGUAAUGCAUAUAUAUAAGGUUUCUGGGUGUGUGCCCCUUUUUCCCUUGUAUGUAUAUAUAUUUUUUAAAUCGACUUUUGAACGCGAUGCGUUCCGAUUUGUUCCAAAUUGGCGAUGCAUCUAUUUUCAAAGUAGUAUGUAUGUAACCCGAUGAGGAAUUCCAUUUUUGAUGUCAUGGUUUGCAUGGAAGGUGAGGAAUCCCCCAUUCCCUUGUAUGUAUAUAAGGUUUCUCUCUGUGUGUGUGUGUGUGUGUGUGUGUGUGUGUGUGUGUGUGUGUGUGUGUGUGUGUGUCCUAUUCCGUUGUAUGUGUAUAAGGUUUCUGUGUGUGUGUCCCCUUUUCCCUUGUAUGUGUGCUAGGUUUCUGUGUGUGUGUGUGUCCCCUUUUCCCUUGUAUGUAUAUAAGGUUCAUGUGUGCGUGUUUAUGUGAGUGUGUUUGUGUGUGCGUGUUUGUUUGAGUGUGUGCGUGCGUGCGUGCGUGCGUGUGUUUGUGUGUGUGUGUGUGUUGUUUGCCUUUCUUCAUGAUAUCGAUGGCUAAUAAUUGUCAAUGAUCCCAGAAAAAGGAUGUCUGUGCAUAUUCUCUAACUGUUACGUAAUUAUUUCUGUUAUUUUACAUUGUAAGUAUUUGAUGUUUUAAGUAAUAAAUAGUGCAUUUAG